AUGGUAAUCGCCUCUACCAUACAUGGUAAUCGCCUUGAUGCUGCCGUGGGCGCGGCACAGCACAUGCGCUCGGCAGAUGCCGUCGGUCGGCCUCCUCGACCCUUCCCCCAUGAUGUCCCAGCUCCCUGGCUCAGAGGUACGGUUUUCCAAGCUCCCCCUUCCUUGCUUUCUUCAACGAAGCACAGCGCAUGCAGCGCUGCUCGCAUCUCCGGCGUCUGGGGCUUUCGUGGGGCGUGGACGAUCGACGGCAGUGAGAUUAGCUGUCUCGCCGUCGUUGCUGGACAUGCGCAGGGCGCGAUGAGGCGAGGGUCGCAGGCUGGCGCCUCCCUCCCCAGCUCCCCCUCCCGGCUCCCGCAAUCUUCGGUCUAUUCUGGCUCGCCCUCGGGCUCGAUCGACGCGUCGGGCAUCUCCCAGAAGCCUCGGCGUCAUGCUGGGGAUGCGCCGCGUCUGUGCUGGCGUGAUCUCGCGAGCGUCAGUCACGGCUGGCCUACCGCCCUUGAGAAGAUCCGACGACCGACCGCAUCGAUGGCGGCCUGUCGUGCAAAUGACGCACCGGACCGUGAUCAGCGUAGCUCAUCUGCGCUUGACUCGCCACCGGCCCUCUCGGCGAUCUCCUCCCCCGCUCGUCAACUUGCGCCCCGCCCCUGCGCUUCAGAGACCGCCAGCGGGUUCUCAAGAGUGCUCGGCCUCGGAGCGACCUCCAGCUUGCGUUGGUGUGCGACGAAGCUGAUCUUGGGACUUCCAUACAACACAUUUACGCCUUGCUCUGUAAUAUCCAUCUGCUAUUCCACCGUUGGCUGGCUCAGACGUCUGAUGAGCCCGUCCUCCUCACCCGCCGCUGAAGCCGCCAGUGCUUUGACUUUGACCACCUUGCCCAUCGGCAGUGAUCUCUGCAACCCGAAGGAUACCACGACAUCGAUCUUCGACUUUGUCAACGACGAGCCGUUCGCUGCGACGUUGGUGACCGUGCGGAUGUUCAACUCUGGACGGGGCAGGCUCCCAACGACCGUCGACUAA